CCCCAAUUUUGUGCAUGCUCCUGGAGGCCUAACAAGGGACCGCGUUAUCCUGUGAUAUUUCUUCUGCCGACUGUCUCACUGUUCAUCAGAUAUUUAUUGCAGGCUAUUAUAGUUUCAGGGAGUUGAGAGCCUGUUGAGGAAAUCAUGGCCAAGCAUCAUCCUGAUUUGAUCAUGUGCAGGAAGCAACCAGGAAUCGCCAUUGGCCGGCUUUGUGAAAAAUGCGAUGGCAAGUGUGUAAUUUGCGACUCUUAUGUGCGUCCAUGUACACUUGUGCGUGUGUGCGAUGAGUGCAACUAUGGGUCCUUUCAAGGUCGCUGUGUUAUAUGUGGAGGUGUGGGUAUUUCUGACGCCUAUUACUGCAAAGAGUGCACACAGCAGGAGAAAGAUAGAGAUGGGUGCCCGAAGAUCGUCAAUUUGGGGAGUGCUAAAACGGAUCUGUUCUACGAACGUAAAAAAUAUGGAUUUAAGAAACGAUAAUGAGUACAUUUUUCUUCGAAUGGUUGUAGUUGAAGAUGAUAUCAAUUUUUCACAGAUGAUGUAAAACACCUUGACCAUUUGAACUUGGAGUUAGAAUUUGUGUAUUUGAUUGUGUCGGUAUGUUUUAUGCCUUUUCUUUUUUCA